UAAAAACUGCAUCAUUUGUACAAUACCUAUUUGUUUUCAUAUUAUUUAUUAUAAAAUACAAAUGUCUAUCUAAUUUUAAUGGACAAUAAAGCAAAAGAUGAAACAGACGAAGAAUCUACGAGUAUUGAGGAUAAUCUAAUUAAAAGUGAAAAUAAUAAGGAACAUUCUGUACAAUUAGGAGAUGAUGCUGGACCUUCGGGAUCGACAUCUCUACCUGGAGCUGUGCCAGAUAUCCUUAGACCUGCUUUUCAGGCUAAGCCAGGCCUAUCUAAAUCCGAACACAGCCUAAGAAAAAUUAUAACCAAUAAAGACGUAGCGGAUGCUUUAAAAUCACUCAAUUUUGGUACACCAAGCGAUAUCAAAAAAGGCAUAAAUGUAAAAGAACUCGAAAUAUCAAUACUGGAUAAAAAACAAAAUACAAAUAAAGAUGACACGACCAGUUUUAUAGAUCUAAAAAAAUUUAUGGCCUCUUGUUUCAAAAUGAACAAAGACGGGCCUAAUACUGUAAUGAUAGGCGAAAUUCCUGUCUCUCAUAAUUUACAAUCAAUUCCUACAAUAAAUAAUGAAGUUGUUCAACAAGUACCAAAUACCAGUUGUAAUGACGUUCAAACGCAAAAUUUCUCUGUAACAAACAUACCAAAUGAAGUGAUCGUAACAAACACAGGUCCAGUUGAGCUGAAACAAUCCAAAGUUGGUUCAGAUAAAAAGAAAACAUCCGGAAGUUUAUCGGAGCGAUCUGAUUUUUGCUUAGCGCAAAGAGAUUCACUCUCAAGCAUUGGUUCAAAUGUUUGCAGGAUUUGUAUGACACGUGGACGGGAAAGAUUAAUCUCGCCUUGCAAUUGUAAGGGAUCAUUGGCAAAUGUCCAUUUGAGCUGUUUGGAAAGAUGGUUGAACCAAGUAGGAAGGAAUCACUGCGAAUUGUGUGGAUUCAGUUAUCCCGCAAUUCGUACUCCGAGGUAUACAGUGCUGCAAGCAUUGCGACUAUGGUUUGGGAACCCGCGGAAUAGGAGCCAUUUGCAGUCGGACUGCCUCAUAUUCUGGCUCCUAUCCACCGUAACAGCUGGCCUACUCGCGGUAUGCAUCGUUGGCACACAGUACUUUGUAAUCGAGGGCAACAAAUUUGGUAAGCUAGCUGCAGGUGCUAGAAAAGAGGAAGGCAUUUCACACAGGAUCACAGAAACAGCAAUGGACUUUUUCAUGGCGAUAGUGCUCUGUGGUUAUUCAGUUACCGUCUACCUACUGUGGAAGGACCAUUAUGUUAUGUGGAACAGAUGGAGGAGGGCCAACGUGAAUGUUAGACUACUCCUCUCGCCAGACGCUAAUCCAGUGCCUUUCGUGCCUAGGCCUAGAUAUAACAUUGUUUAAUUAUAACCAGUGUCUUAAAUAAAAGUGCUCAUACAUAAUGAUGUUGGGUAGACAAUUAUUUAUU